AUGUCACUCAUCUGUUCUCUUUCGAACGAAGUACCUGAACAGCCAGUUCUUUCACCUGUCUCUGGUUGUAUUUAUGAAAAACGCUUGAUUAUUAAGUAUCUACGAGAAUCACCCAAUGAUCCAAUCACUGGCCAACCAUUGACAGAAGAACAGCUCAUCGAAGUGAAAGUUACACCACUUGGCAAGCCCAAACCACCAUCAGCAACUAGUAUUCCAGCUAUUCUUAAAAUGCUACAAGAUGAAUGGGAUGCUUGUAUGUUACAUAGUUUCACACUUCGCCAACAAUUACAAACAGCUCGACAAGAACUUUCACAUGUUAUGUAUCAGCAUGAUGCUGCGUGCCGUGUCAUCGCACGUCUCAACAAAGAAGUUACAGCAGCACGUGAAGCUUUAGCUACAUUGAAACCACAAGCAGGCAUUUCACAACCGACUGCGGCGCAAUAUACCAAUGACCAGUCAACACCGACAACUCAUCAUGGAGGCGGUGAUGCUUCACAAGCGGGAGCAAAUGCUUCCGAAGGCAUGACCGAAGAAAUAAUUCAGAAAUUACAAGACAAAGCAUCAGUUUUGACACAAUUACGUAAACAACGUGGCAAACAUGUUCCUGAAGGUUUAACUACGGUCGACGAAAUGAAAAGCUUUCGUUGUUCUGCCACACAUACAGCUUUACACAGUGCCAGCAAUCCCGGUAUCCUAGCACUGGAUAUUUCAUCGAAAAACUCCAGUAUUGUAAUUACUGGUGGAAAUGAUCGUCAAGCUGUAGUAUUCAAUCGAGAUAGCGAACAAGUGGUAGCAACAUUGAAAGGUCACCAAAAAAAAGUUACACAUGUUAUUCACCAUUUCGAAGAAGAUAUUGCUGUCACAGCGAGCGCAGAUUCAAGUAUUCGUGUUUGGCAUAUACCAUCAGCUCAGUGCUUGAAAGUUCUCAAAGCUCACGAUAGCGCUAUAACUGGUCUUUCACUUCAUCCAACUGGUGAUUAUGUUCUCUCGAGCGCAACUGAUAAUUACUGGGCACUGUCAGAUUUACGCACGGGAAAAUUAAUUACCAAAGUUCAAGAUUCAACAUCACAACGAGGAUUAACUUGUGCACAAUUUCAUCCUGAUGGUAUUAUCUUUGGUGUGGGAACACAGGAUAGUGUGAUUAAAAUUUGGGACUUGAAAGAGUGCAAUAAUGUUGCUGAUUUUCCAGGCCAUGCUGGCAGUAUAAAUACAAUUGCCUUUUCAGAAAAUGGUUAUUAUUUGGCAACAGCAGCUGAAGAUGCAUCGAUCAAAUUAUGGGAUUUACGUAAAUUAAGAAACUUCAAAACCAUUACACUUGAAGACCGCUAUGAAAUUCGCGAUCUUGUCUUUGAUCAAAGUGGAAUGUAUCUCGGUGUCGCCGGUACUGAUGUUCGAGUAUAUCAAGCCAAACAAUGGGAUUUACUCAAAGUCUUCAAUGAUCAUACAGCAGUAGCAACUGGCAUUCGAUUUGGUUCUAAUGCGAAGUAUAUCGCUAGUUCAAGCAUCGAUCGUUCAUUGAAAUUUUACGAACGAUUGUCUCAAGAAUAG